AUGGUGUAUAUUUUGCCUCGCAAGUUCAAAGCAGAUCCUAAGCAAAAGAGAAGCCCAUCUAUUGAAGAAUGGGUUAAAUCAGAUGAGGAGAUUUCUAUCUCAGACAUUGAAAUGGUGGAUGGGAUAGACUUUGAAGAAAUCAUGGAGAUGGAAGAUGAUGAAGGGAAACAACAAGAAGUUGAGACACCUAAAGAACUAAAAGAGUUUGAAGUCCUAGAAAGCUUAACAACUAAGGCUCAAGACCCUUUGGAAGAAGUGAAUUUGGAAGGAAAAGUAGCUUCGAUUCCAACCUUCAUCAGCUCUUGGAUGGAUCCAAUUUCUAAAGUUAGAUUGUUGCCUUUAUUAAAAGAAUAUAAAGACUACUUUGCUUGGGACUACAGUGAGCUACCUGGAUUGGAUAGGCAGUAUGUUGAAUGGCUUUCCAAUGUUGUGCCAGCUACUAAAAAGAAUGGAAAAAUAAGAGUCUAUAUUGACUUUCGAAAUCUAAAUUUGGCAACUCCUAAGGAUGAAUAUCCAAUGCCAAUGGUAGAUUUACUUGUGGAUAUAUCAGCAAGGCGUGCCAUCUUGUCUAUGAUGGAUGGUCAUUUUGAGUACAACUAG